AUGGCUCAAAUUAAGCUCACCUUUGCUUUUCUUGUCCUCGUUUUGAUUUUCUGCCAAGAAAUUCAAUGCAUCGAGGGCAGGCAUUUAAAGUUGGAGAGACAAAACGAAUCCCCAAAGCUUCAAAUUUACAACAAACUCCUUAAAAAAGAAACAAGGAAGCUUGCUGAGCAAAAAAGUAACUUGCAUGGUGACGAGAACACCACCGUUAGAGCUGCAAAUGCUAAUGUCUCUCCACCGACAGCUCCAACUGCGCCGGUUGGGGAACUCGCGCCUCCACCCCCAAAACAUGCAGAUGACUUCAGGCCGACAGCUCCAGGUCACAGUCCCGGUGUUGGGCAUGCCAUUCAAAACUAG